CACGUGGAGGAGUAGUUAUCUUCAGCGCCCGAACCACUUUUUCUUUUAAACACUUUUUGGCGUUCCUUAGAAAAGUAUGAACGCAAACUUUUUAUUUUGUUUUUCACACUCUUCACGUCGAUGUUUAACUUGCUGCUCAUCUCAGUCAAAGCAUCGCUACGUUUUGUUUUAUUAGUGUAGUCUCGAUGGUUGUGGUCCCAUAACAGUUGAAACGACCUGUAAAUGUCGAUAAACAACAAAGUUUCUUCUUCAGAAGACGCCAUCUUGAGAAUGAGACGCACGGCGUGUUGAACCAAAACCCACUCAGGCUGGGAACACGUGCAAUGAGGCAUGCGCUGCUAAAACUGCUGCCGUUCAACUCUCUUCAGGCAUGCGUAGACGCAUGCGUUACGUGCGCUAUUGCUAGCGCUAUAACGCAUGCCAUUGACGAACGUAAAAGCGCACGAGUGUAGACAUAGCUUAACGACGUCAACUAAAGAGGCAGACCGAGACUGAGAUGGAAACAGGUCUAGAAAGACGUCACACAGAAAGAGGAAAGAACAUGGAAGUAAUGGAGGAGGUGUGGGAAGACAAAGAUAGAUGGAAAGGCUUAGAUGUCAGAAGACACAAAAUUGGAGACAUUUUAGGAAGAAGAAUCCCAACUCAGCACCUAGGGUGUGAUAUUACUUUGUUCCGGGUCUACUGUUCAUUUUCGCAUCCAAAAUAUCAGGAAAGCAAGAUAUGUUACACCGUCACGUUGGAUGCAUUGAGAAUCUAUAUUUAGAGAGCGUGGGGACCUGUCUUUAUUGCUGGCGUAGACACCUCGUCAGUCGGGAAUGGUGUAAUCUAUGGUGGUCAGGAAGAUCUGACGACACACAAACAUGGAAGAAACAGUUACUGCAGUUACAGUGAGUGUCGCACAGGGAGAUCUGAGAGGAACGGAAGUGACGACUAAACUGGGAACAACUUACAACACUUUUAAAGGUAUUCCGUACGCCAAGCCGCCUUUGGGAUCCCUCAGAUUCCGGGCACCGCAUCCUGCUGAUUCAUGGGAAGGAAUUCGCGACGCCCUCACCGAGGGCUCCGUCGCCCCACAGAUAGACGACGUCGUGGCUGAUGCAUACUUAGGGGAGGAAGACUGUCUGUACCUCAAUGUUUAUACUCCUAAGCUUCCUUCAAAUUCUGGAGAUGACCUAAAGGCGGUGAUGGUUUGGAUCCAUGGUGGUGGCUUUUAUAUGGGGUCAGGAAACACGCAAAUCCAUGGGCCAGACUAUCUAGUAGCUGGGGAUGUCGUUCUAGUCACUUUCAAUUACAGACUGGGAGCACUAGGGUUUCUCAGUACGGAAGAUUCUGAAACCUCGAGUAACAAUGGCCUGAAGGACCAGGUGAUGGCUCUGCGCUGGGUUCAGCAAAACAUUGCGCAGUUUGGGGGUGAUCCUGGCAACGUCACCAUCUUCGGUGUCAGUGCUGGAGGAGGCAGUGUGCAUUUCCACCUGCUCUCUCCCAUGUCUGCAGGACUGUUUCAUCGAGCUAUCGCCAUGAGUGGCGUGGUCCUAAACCCAUGGGCUCUGAUUGAGGAGCCACGUGACAGGGCAUUCCGACUGGGUGCAGCACUGGGCUCUAAGGCUACAAACAGCAAGGAACUGGUGGAAUUUCUACGGACAGUACCAGCACAGCAAUUAGUAGAAGACAUUGUCAAGGCUCAGACUCCUGAGGAAAAAGCCAGUCAACUCCUGUUCUUUGCCCCUACUCUUGAAACAGGGGCUCAACAAGGAGAAGAGGUGUUUCUAACAGGAAAACCACUUGACCUGAUGCAAGAGGGAAGAUUCCACAAAGUUCCUUUCAUGUCUGGCAUCACUUCCCAAGAAGGAAUGCUUAUCAUGCGAGCUGUGUUUAAAAACCCAACAUUGUUAAAUGAACUUAACAACAACUAUGAAUACUUUGUUCCUUCAACAAUGAAACUUAAGCAGAAAAGUGCUAAGUCUCAAGAAAUUGCUCGUAAAAUAAAACAUUUCUACUUUGGAGACAAACCUGUUUCAAGAGAAACAUUGCAGCCGUUGUUUGACCUCUUCAGUGACAUUUAUUUCAUCACUGGAAUUAAGAAGAGCAUUGAGCUGCAAUUGCAACAUUCUGACACACCGAUAUAUUUUUACGAAUUUUCAUUUGAUGAAAAGUUGGGAAUGAUUGAAAAGUAUCUAGGUGAUUCUACUAUAGCAGGUGUGUGUCACGGCGCUGAAGUAGCGUACUUGUUCAAAGCAUUUUAUGUCAAUGACGACAAGCUCGAUCCAAACACUGACUACAUGAAGACUGUCGCUAGAAUGGUAAAGAUGUGGACCAACUUUGCUAAAACUGGGAACCCAACUCCCAAGAUCGAUCCUUUGCUGGGAGUAACCUGGACUCCAGUCACAAAGGGUGAACUUAAUUAUCUGAACAUUGACAAGGAACUUACUAUGCAAAAGGACAUUGCUAAGGAUCGUGUGGCCUUUUGGGAAGAGCUUCAAUCAUUUCUGUGAUAAAUGUAAAUAUUUCAGUAUUAAAACAAAUUAAAAAGCUUUAAGUAAAUAUAUAAGCUAUUAUAUGUACAAACACAUAAGAUGUAAAUACAUUUAUACCACACAAAUUAUAAUCUGCUUCAUAUCUGUAUAUUAGUUAUGAUAAAUUGUUUUCAUAUAAAUAAUAUAAGGAGAGAUUACACCAACUUAAUUGUACGUAGUAUAAAGUUAAUGUAUAAGUAGUGAUUCCCAAACCUUACUGCCUGCAAAAUCCUUCCAAUUUCAAAAUAUGGCAAUGACAUUCCAAAAUAAUCAACAACGUAAGUGUAAAAAAGUGGUCGGUGGUGCAAAAUAAAAUAAAGACAAUACUAAUUCAUA